CAGCGAGGCUCCUGCUUCAAGGAGGGAACGGUGACAAAACGCGGUGACGCCCUGACGGUGAGGGACCUUCCUGUGCACAGACGAGGGUGGCCACGUGCUGGGCAGGGGCCGGUGGGUGAGGCCACAGCACGGCGCUCGCUGCCUGGGGGCCCUGGCCUUCUCCAAGCCCCAGGGGGAGGCGCUGGGUCCAGGGCGCCGGCCAGCAGAGCCCAUGAGGAGGGGGUCAGGAGAGCCGCGGUCCUCCCUGAGCCCACCCUGCCCGCAGGCCCGUACCACUGGGACCCCCCUUAUGGUGAGCUUCUCCAUCACACCCUCUCUCAUUCCAGAGCCUUCCCCGGGGGCUGUGCCCAGGCCCUGGGCUGAGCCCUUCCCUGAGGGCUCUCCGGCCCACUGAUGGCCCAGGACAAGAAGCCGCGAGCACGGACGCUGGGCCGUGAAGCCCUGGGUGGUGCGUAGGGGGCCCGUGUGAGCCUAGCGGGGCGGGGGCAUGGGGGCCAGAGAAGGGGUCUUGGAGGAGAGGGUGCUGGGGUGGGUGAGGGUAAGGCCAGAGGGCACAGGGCUGCUCUGCUCAGCCUCGAGUGUUCAAGGGGGCAGAACAGGCCGAGGCGGGUGUCCGGGUGGGGAGGGGUGGGGUACAGGCUAGACAACCCCACCCGCCAGAGGGGCACCAACUUCCCUUGUGUCCGGCCGGCGGAGUCUUAUUUGGACUCGUCUGAGUCACCUUCACGGGUGGUCACACCGACCUCUGUAGCCUCUCAUCCCCCCACUGUCCGAGCACCCCCCUUUGAGCCCCCCAGGUAGGAGCUCUCCCCAGAGGGCAGGGUCGCACUCUCCCAGCCCCCGAGCCCAGCUCCCUGGGGGCAGAUGAGGCCCAGCCUCCGGGCAGCAGGAAGUGCCGAGCCUGUCCCUUCCCCAGCCCCCUCCCCAGCUCCCCAGGUGCUCAAUCCUCGGGGCCCACAGGGGUCCAGGGCUCCAGGAGCUAGAGGCAGCCUUGGGUACCAGGCUGGCGCCCCAGCCAUGGCGGUCAGAAUCUGGGCCUCUGCUUGGAGCCUCCGGAAGCCAGAAGUCGCCACUAAUCCAGAGGGGCCGUGCUCAGAGGAUGGCCUUGUCCCCCGUCCCCCAAACUGUCCAGUGAUGCCCGGCGGGGCUGUGUCCGGCCAAGAGCCCGUCCUGUCCCUGCGUAGGGCACGCUCGUGGCUAUCCUCACGUGUGGUGGGGGGGGGUGGGGGCAGCCUGAGGACACCAGGAGGAGACAGAGGGCACGCAUUUCUUGGGGAGAGCUUCCUUUAAGCAACGGCAGCACUGUCGUACAUUUCGGCUCUGAGGAAGUGGCCUGGACCCCGUCAGUCUCGCCCCUGGCAGCCCUGGGGACAGAAACGCUGACCCACUAAGUGUCCACCCUCACUGCUGGCCCCUUCUGGCCUUGCCCGGCAGGCCACCUCUAUCUCCUGAGCUGCCUCAGAGGAGCCCAGGUCUCUGGGAGUCUGGGGACCACCCCCCGUCCCCAGGGCCCCAAACUGGCCUCCUUUCAUUAGAGGGGCUGUCACUCCCGCUGCUGGGCCCACCUCCAGAGGCUGCCUGUUUCCAAGAGGGACUCCUGUCGGCAUUAGCCCGGCUGGGAAAGGUCCAGAUUUGAAGGAGGAUCCCCUGAGGGGAGGGAACACUGGGGAGCCACACUCACUGCAGAGGCCCAGGCUGGGGAGCACGGAGCUCUGGGCCUGCAGGGACCUCUCCCAUCACCACCCACAACAGGUCAGCUGCUGCCAGUGGUCUGUGUGGUUCCGGGGAGGUUCAGGUGAGAGGAAGUGAAGUAGGAAGUGCACAAGCCACGCGGCAGGUCACCUGACGGGCUCCAGAGGGAAGUCAGGUUCCAGAGGCGCGUCCGAGGGCAGGUGAGGAAGACGGGCUCUGCUCUGGGCCUGGGGCAGGUGACCUCCCCUCCGCAGGCUCUGCGCACCUGUUACACGGCAUUGCACUACUGAACUCAAGCUCCUUUGCAAAUGCUCGGACAAGAGUCACGGUUUAUGAUUCUCCAUCAGGAAGGACCCGUGGUGUGCACGCUUCCUCUACCUGGUGUGUGGCCACCAAGCACACAACUCCUCCUGGGGCAACUGCUCAGUGGAGGGCUGAGGGCCCUUCCCUGCAGGGCUGGGGGCCCGGGGAAGAGGCCAGUCGCCCGGGUGUGGUCGCUCAGGCGGAGAGCUUCACCCAGGGCCUCUCCAGGUCUCCUGGGGAACAGCUUCUGGACAACAGCGUUCCCUAGUCCCCGUGGCAACAGGGCCUGCACUCCUGUUUCCAGGGAAAACCAGCCCUCAGCGUCGUGGUUGCCGCAGCAACGCCUAUGGGCUCAGUCAGCCACGCUGUCCCGCCAACCCAGAGAGGGCAGCUGGGCACCCAGGACAGAGGAGCCAGGUGCUGCCCAGGUGCGGGGUCGGUGCACAGAAGGAGGUCCUGGCCCUGCCAGGGUCCCAGGAGGAAACUCACCGGCAGCAGAGUCCCUGCUUUCCCUUGGGUCCUGUGCCCCAGCCCACGAUGAGUUCCGCCUCCAGCGAGCCAGGCAACGGGGACUCUGCCGAGCGGCCCCGGCUGGGGCUGGACGCUGUGAUCCAGAGGCUGGAGGACACCGUCCUGAGCCCCAUGGCCAGCAGAGAAGACCGGGCGCUGACCGUGCAUGGGGGAGGCUGGCGGGCCUCACCCAUCCCCGUGCCUGCCCGCAUCCGUGAGAUUGUGGCUGGCAGCCUGGGCGAGGAGCUGCCCCAAGCGCUGCAGGAGCCGCCAGCCGCCUCGGCCCACGUGCAGGAGGAGCUGUCCCGGCUGGAGGAGCUGCUGGCCCAGGCGGGGGCCGAGCGGGACGAGCCGGCCGGCAGGUACCACGCAGUCAGCGAGCAGCCGCAGGCCCGGCUGGAGGCCACCGAGGCUCGGCUGCGGAGGUCAGAGCAGAAGCACAGCGUCGACCUGGAGGAAGCCCUCGGGCGGCUAGAGGCUGCCGAGCAGAGGAGCACCGGCCUCUCCCAGGUGAACACCCUCCUGCGGGAGCAGCUAGGACACAUGAAGAAGGCCAACGACAGACUGGCCGAGGAGCUGGCGGGGACGACGCGCAGCGUGCUCCUCCUGCGGGCUGAGCUGGAGCUGCGGGAGAGGCAGCGCUGGACCCAGAGAGAGACCCAGCGUACUCGCGCGGUGGGACACCAGGAUGUCCUCCUCCUGCAGAGACAGGUCGCAGCCCUCCGUGGACACCUGGCUGAGCUGCGUGCAGCCACAGAGAGGGGCCUCGCUGACAUGCGAGUGGACGCGGCCAGGACGGCCCAGCGCCUGCACAUGGCCUGCCUGAACCUCGGCUCCAACCUGCGGCUGGCGGCCAGCCUCACAGCCAGCGCCCUGGAGCAGCAGCUGCAGGACAAGGUGCGGGAGAUGCUGCAGAUGCAGGGUCGCUGGGACGCCGAGAAGGUGGCACUCCAGGCCAGACUCUGGGAGCAGACGUUGCUGGUGGGGAAGCUCACAGAGCAGAACGCGGACAAGGAGGAAACCAUCUCCUCCCUCAGAACGGAGGUUCAGAAACUGGUGGUGCAGGCAGACGCGGGGUGCCCGGAGCCAGCCUGGAGCGGCAGCACCGAAGGCCAGGAGGCACGGGGCCAACCAAGGAGCCCCCCACGGGCCGCAUCCCCCCCACGGGCCUGCUCCCCGGCCGCCCUGGACCCUGCGCUGCGGGCUGUGCAGGUGGUCAUUGAGAGGCGGCGGCAGCGGGAGCAGGAGCUGCGCCGGCGGCUAGAGUCCUCCGAGGCAGCGGCCGCCGGGCUCCACGAGCAGCUGUCUGAGAGCCAGCGGGAGCUGCGGGCCUCGCGGAGGCUCCUGCAGGAGCUGAGGCAGGAGCAGUCCCGGGAGCGCCAGGACCUCCUGGGCAAGCUGGAGGCGCAGCGCUGCCGGGAGUCCAGCGAGCUCCGGGGAAGUCAAGGGCGCCUGGAGCAGCUGGAGGAGAAGGUCUCGGGGCUCAAGAAGGAGCUGGUGUCGGCCCAGGAGGUGCUGAAUACAGCACGGCUGCAGAGGGACGUCCUGCAGAGUGAGGCGGAGGUUCUGCGCAGGGCCCUGGCCCGGGCCGAGUCCAGCAAAACCAACCUGGAACUGCUCGUGUGCCAGCUCAAGGCAGAGGGGGUGGAGCAGAGACACUCCCUGGCUGACAUGGCUGCCCUGAUGGCGGGGCUGGCUCGGGACAAAGGCUUCCUGAGCCACCUGGUCCUGCAGGUGAGACAAGGGCCCAGGGGGACGGACCCUCUGGAGCAGGUGGGCCAGGUCACAUGCAAGAAACAGGCCCUGGAGGAGCAGCUGGCCCAGAGCCUGCAAGACCAGGAGGCCCACAUGGACACGCUCCAGAGGGCCCUGCAGGAGAAGGAGGCUUUGUCUGAAGAGCGGGCCCAGCUGCUGGCCAAGCAGCAGGCCCUGGAGAGGCAGGGCCAGCUCACAGCUGAGGAGGCAGCUGACCUCAGGGCCGAGAGGGACUCCCUGGAGAACAGCCUCCUUGAGGCCCAACAGCUGGCGUCACAGCUGCAGUCACGGCAGGAGCAGCUGGAGGGAGAGGCCCAGAGCGCAAGGCUGGCCCGGCAGGCCCUGCAAGUGCAAAUGGAGCAGCUGAAGUGCACCUGGGAGGUCCAGGAGACGAAGCUGCAGGGGGACGUGGGGCGGCUCUUGCAGCAGAUGAUACAGCAGGAGCAGGACACGCAGCUGGCCCUGGAGAGCGAGGCGCUGGCCCACCUCGAGGACCUAGCCCGGCUCCAGAGGGAGAAGGAGACCCCGAGUCUGUCUGUGACAGAGGAGAAGGAAGUGGCGGCACGCAGGCUGGAACAGGAGGAGGAGCUGGUGGCAAAAAGUGCAGCCAAGAGGGAGCCUCUGCAGGAGGAGAUUCAGAGCCUGAAGCGUGAGCGGGAUGAGAGUCUCCUUCAGCUGGAACGCGAGAUGCAGCAGGCCCUGUCUCUGAGAGAAGCGGAGACCAGCCAGCUGAGGGAGGAGCUGUCCAGGGCCGCGUGGGAGCUGGAGCUGGUGCAGCACGAGGCCCGGGGCCGGCAGGAGCGAGCCGAGGCCACCAUCAGCGCCACGACCGCAGACCUGAAGGCCCUGCAGGCCCACUUCGAGGACGCCGUCUCGGCCCAUCAGAGGGAGGCCAGGGCUCUGGGCGAGAGGCUCCGGGAGAUGGCGGCCCAGCGGAGCAGCGCCAGGAGAGAGGCCGAGAGGCUGCGGGCACAGCUGGACGAGGCCCAGGAGGGCCUAGCCGCCCUGCGCCGGGAGCUGCAGGGCAGCGAGGAGAGCCGGGAGAGGCUGCACAGGGAGGCCCUGGACGCCCGCCGGCUGCUGGAGGACGAGGCCCGAGAGAAGGACGUGCUGCGGGAUUCCAACACCGAGCUGCGGGCCACCAUCCGCAGAGUCGAGCAGGAGAAGGCCAGCUUUCAGCGUUCCAAGGAGGAGAAGGCGCAGAAGGUGCUGGUCCUGGAGGAGGCGCGGGCAGCGGCUCAGGAGGCCGGCACGCUGCGGGCCCUUCUGUGGGGGGCACAGCAGGCACGGGCAGACGCCCGCCGGCAGCUGCAGGAGCUACGCAGACAGGUGAUGUCACUGGAGGCCGAGAACCAGAGGAAGAGCCAGGAGCUGCGCCGGAUGCAGGUCCGGGGCACACAGGGUGCACAGCAGGGGAUGCCGGAGCUGCAGAGGCUGGCGGCUGAGGCACAGGCAGCCAGAGAGGGCUCACAGAGGGAGGUCCUGAGGCUGCAGCAGACGCUGGUGGAGGCGGAAGCCAGGGCCGCGGCCCGGGAGAAGCAGCUGGAGGAGCGCCUCUGCGAGAGCCGGGGCACCGAGCGGGCCCUCCGGGCCGAGCUGCACCGCGUCACCAGAGAGCUGCAGCAGGCCAGCGGCACGGCCGAUGGCCUCCAGGCUCGCCUGGACGGGGCCUGCCAGCGGCUCGGCGGCCUGCAGCAGGAGGUGGCCCAGGCCAAGGGCGCCAGGCGGGAGGCGGAGGCCCAGCUGGGCCGGCUGUGGUCCACGCUCCGCCUGGGCCUGGGGCUCCGGGGACAGAGCCCCGUGGCCUCCCCCAAGCGGCCCGGCUCCCCCACCAAAGGCUCAGAGGGCACCCAGGGUUCCCCUGGGCGGCAGAGUGCCAGCACCCCCGGCCGGUCCCGCUCGCCGCUCCGAUGGCCCUCGCCUGCCCCGGGAGACUGCAGCACAGAGGGGGCCGUGGCCUCGGUGAGGGACGCCCUGAGGGACUUGGCGCAGAAGCUGAGGGAUGCCCGGCAGGAGCGGGAAUGGGGGCGGGGAGGGGCUGCUCGCUUGGGGAGCCUGAGCUGCCGGCUGAGCGAGGCCGAGAGUGAGCGCGCCCGAGCCCAGAGCCACGCGGGGCAGCUGCAGAGGGCACCGGCCGGGGCAGAGGAAGGUGGCCGCCCUUCUCCACCCUGCCCUGGCCACCACUACAAGGUCCCCCAGAGCCCCCCUCCUGGCACCUUGAGGGUCCGUCCCGGGAGCUGCUCGGGCCCGGGCCACGGGGCCAGACCCCGGAACCAGCAUGCCCCCUACCCCGAGGCGCCCCAGCACCUGGCAGCUGGCGGGUCUUUCUCAGCCGUGGCCUCCCCGUCACAAGGCAGUAAAGUCCAGAGACCUCCAAGGCCCGCCCCGACCUGGCCCCCAGCUACUCCGCCACGCCGGCCUCCUGUAGUCCCACCUCUGGGCAUCUGCACUGGCUGUGCCUACUGCCAGGAGCCCUCUUCCCCCACCGGGUCCUCGGCCCACGUCAGCUCCUCAGAGGGAGGCCCCCUGCCCUGCUGGUCACCCCACCUCCUUUCUGCCCCCCUUCCCCCACUCCUGGGUCUGCCCAGGAGGCAGGCCCGGGCCUGGCACGGAGUCCAAGGGAGGGAUGUCCAGGAGCAAAGCCAGCAGGAGAGAAGGAAGGGUGGGGAGGGGCCUGGAGUCCAGGCAGAGGGAGCUGGCACCCCAGACCUGCCCCCGGGGACCUUGACUUUGAGGCAGGACGGGAAGGGCAGGGAAUUUUCGGGGGGGGCCUCUCCAGCCCCUACCAUCGCCGGCGUGCAGGCUGCAUGGGCCCUGCAGGAGGAGGUGUCCCCGAGGCGCGGAGGAGCGAGGCUCCAGCCACUGCACGUGAUCUGGGCAGACGCCAGGUGCCACAGCCUCACCUGCAGCACACCCCGGGCCGUGCUUCCAGACGGCCUGUGCCUCCCUCCCCCAGAAGCACUGGACACGCGGCACCAGGCCCUGGACGAGGGCAGAAGGCACAGGCAGGGCCUGGCCCAGAGCGCGCUGCUAGAGGAGAAGACAGAGCUGAGGAGGGAAAGGGACAACGUGAGGGCGGGGGCCGAGAAGGAGCCGCUGGACCAUACCUGCCUGCACCAGGAAGCGGACAGGGCCCUGAGGCAAAACCAGCUGGGCUCCAUGCACCCCAGUCUUGGGAGUGGGCCGGGGCCUGGGGCUGGGGGUGUCCGGGAUGCCAUUAAAACAGAUGUAAGGCUCACCUUGCCGGCCUGUGGGUGGGGCUCCGGAGCAGACAAGGCCCGGGGGCCGAAUGUGUUUACGAAACCCUCCGCUCACCUUCCGGUCCUGGCCAGGCCCCGGGCUCCAGCAAAGGGCAGCCGGGCCAACUGGGGGUCCCCAGGGGAGGGCUGGAUGCGCCUGUCCCGGGACUCUGCGCAGCCCUGGGUGGGCAGGCCACAGCGAGGUGCCUGGGGUCUCCCCUAUGCCCAGCGGCUCCAGGAGCUGGCCACCCAGCACCAGCGAGACCUGAUGGUGGAGGCCGAGCGGCUGCACGGAGCCCAUGUACAGGCUGCACAGGCCCUGGCGUCCCGAGAGAGGACCCACCAGCGGCGGGUGAAGGUGCUGGAGAAGCAGGUGGCCAGCCUGAAGGAGCCGCGGGACCAGGAAGUGCAGCAGCGGCGACGAGCCCGCCUCGGCCAGGCCUUCCAGGCCAAGGACUCUGUAAACAUGGGGAAACACGUGGAAAACAUUUCCACCAACUGAAGCCAAAAACAUAAUGUCCCGCAGGGCCAGCUACCACAUCCCUGCGCACAGAGGCGGCAAGACCUCCGUAUCCAGGAACUGCAGGGCCGUCACGGUGGCAGGUGGCUGCAAGUGACUCAGAGUCCAGUCCCCACCCCCACCCCCACCCCCCCGUGCUCCCCGCCCCGUGACUCACUGCCCGUGAGAGGCAUCAGGAUGUAAACGUUAAAGUUGUUAGAGAACCACCCACUUUCCCAGCCUAUAACUCUGGGAAAAUUCCUGCGGGAAUCCAGCCCUGGUUGCCACGGAGACCGGGGCAGCCAUCUUAGGCCGAUGCCUGGUUCACCUGUUCGCAUUUUCUCUCUUUUCCCCCCAUGAACACUGGUCAGAGUGAUUUGUUUCCUCUCCAAAUGGCCUCUUUUGUUUUGUAAGUGACGUGUUUACAACAUCUGCGGGGCACCAGCCAGCCCAGGAAAUUCCUGCGUCCGCAGGUGCUAGCCGCCACCCCAAAGCACCUCCUCCCUCCAGGACUCAUGGGGGUGAGAAGGGCCAAAGCUCCUGGAGCCCACCCAUUCCAAUCACGAUCCCGCACUUAAAACAGGCUGUCCUGUCAGGCCUUCCUUUCUGACUGAACCUAGUAACGGAGUUGCCAUAUGUUGCGAACUGCACAAAAAAUAGGUUUCAUUCUGCCUGUCAGCUCUGCCUGAUUAUUGGUGGCUGUGUUGAGAAGGAUUCUGAAGUUCAGCCCAGACUCAGAGGGGAAGAGCAUGGUGACCCAUUAACAACGCUGCUCUGGGUGAAGGAGGCGUUAGUGGUGGUGUUCGCACCCAGGUAUUCACCAGCUUGCAGCGGCCCAUUGGAACGCAUAGCAACCCAGCGGCUGCCCCCACCAUUGGAGAGCCUGGUACAGACAGGAAGGGUAGGGCCGUGAGACACACACAGCUCUGAUGUUCAAGGCCUGGCAUUUAGUAGGCAAGUCCCUUCCCUUCCUCCUCGACCCGGCGACCCCACGACCCAGUGGGCAGCUCCCUUGUGGAGGAAGGGCCUGAGGGUUGGCGGGUGGGGAGGAAGGACCCGGCAUCUGGAGAUUGACACUUGGAAAGUGUCAACACUUGCCUCCCUUUGGUGGCCGCUGGCGUCUCAGCGUCACGCCUUUGGGACUGAAUCUCCCAGCACAGAGGAGGUGCCUAGUAAACGUGCACAGAUGAGAGAGGAACACACCCCAGAUGCAAAAGGGGUCGGAAAGAUUUCUCAGCAUUGAAAUGAGGGCCACGCGCUAUUUGAUCAAUGUCCUUGCUGGUGAUUUCUGGACCCUCCUUGCCCAGGCUGCUCCCGGGAGACGUAAGAUUUCUUAUAUUUCAAUGAAAGUUUAAUCAGUGUAGGAGACGCUGUUUUUACUUGUUCAACAUAAAGUUGUAUACUUAGGAGAAAGGAUUUUUCUGAUGGAGAUAAACUGCUGUUUUCUUAAACAUUUCCAAUGGCAAGCGUGUGGCUUCCGUGUGAGAGCCUUAUGGCCGCCCGCACGCACGUGUGCACAGCUGUGUACCCUGAACCAGGGCCCCCCAUCUCUGCCGCAGCUGCACCAAGGCCCCAUCCAUCCUCACAGUGUAGUGACCACGCCGGGUGGGCCUCCGCAAGAGCCAGAUCCCGCCUGCCCCUCCAGGCCCUGUGACCUCCUGACCUCAUUCCCGGACCAGGUAGGGGUCUCCCUGAGGUCUCACCUACGUGGAAGCCCCAGGUGCUCAGGGCGGGUGGGAAGGAGAGAGUGGGAGGGGGGUGCAGCCAGGCAGCCUCCACCACCAGCAGCCCUGCUGGAGCCCCCGUCCCAGCCCUGCAGGGACCAGCCGGCCAGGCCAGGUUCGGUGGGGGAGACGCUCCCCACCUUGGCCGGCACGGGGUCCUGGGGCUUCCCGAGGUCGGCUCCGGGGCUCCCCAUCUAAACUGCAUACACACUCAGGCCCUAAAUUAAAAUGUCACAGGCCUGUUGGGGAGUCUCGGGUUUCCUGGCCGCGGAACACGAGCCUGCUUGAUAAAACGAUUUUGGUUUUGAUAAAUGUGGACUUUCUGUGGCCAAGACAAAGGCACCCUUGAGUCUGGAGGGGAACCUGAAACAGCACAUUGCU